UUUGGGAGCCGAAGCAGGCAUUGCUGCGGCCCGGGAAGGGGGUCCGAAGGGCUGUAGCCCUGGGGAUGGGGAAGGAGCAGGAGCUGCUGGAGGCGGCCCGCACUGGGCACCUCCCGGCCGUGGAGAAGCUGCUGUCCGGGAAGCGGCUUUCCUCCGGCUUCGGGGGCGGCGGCAGCGGCGGCUCCGGAGGCGGCGGCAGCGGCAGCGGAGGCUCUUCGAGCCAUCCCCUCUCCAGUCUGCUCAGCAUCUGGAGAGGGCCAAAUGUGAACUGCGUUGACAGCACUGGGUACACCCCUCUGCACCAUGCUGCUCUGAAUGGCCAUAAGGAUGUGGUCGAGGUUCUUCUGAGGAAUGAUGCGCUGACCAACGUGGCUGAUUCUAAAGGCUGUUACCCUCUGCACUUGGCAGCCUGGAAAGGAGAUGCCCAGAUAGUGCGGCUGCUUAUCCACCAAGGGCCCUCACACACCAGAGUCAAUGAACAGAAUGCUCUUGAGAUCAAAGAACUCAAAAAGUACGGCCCCUUUGACCCUUAUAUCAAUGCCAAGAACAACGACAACGAGACGGCCCUGCAUUGUGCAGCACAGUAUGGCCACACGGAGGUGGUGAAAGUCCUCUUAGAGGAGCUAACAGAUCCCACGAUGCGCAACAACAAAUUUGAGACACCUCUGGACCUGGCCGCACUCUACGGGAGAUUGGAGGUGGUGAAGAUGCUCCUCAACGCGCACCCCAACCUCUUGAGCUGCAACACUAAGAAGCACACCCCUCUGCACCUGGCAGCCAGGAAUGGCCACAGAGCCGUGGUUCAAGUGCUCCUGGAGGCUGGCAUGGACAGCAACUACCAGACGGAGAAGGGCAGUGCUUUGCAUGAGGCUGCUUUGUUUGGCAAGACCGAUGUGGUGCAAAUCCUGCUGGCUGCAGGAAUUGAUGUCAACAUAAAAGACAACCGUGGACUGACUGCCCUAGACACUGUCCGGGAACUGCCCUCUCAGAAGAGCCAGCAGAUAGCAGCACUUAUCGAAGAUCACAUGACUGGGAAAAGAAGUGCAAAAGAGGGAGAUAAAACUCCCACACCCCAGCCACCUGUCAUCUGCAAUGCAGACUCCAUAUCCCAGAAGUCUCAGGGUGACGUGGAGAAAGCGGUGACUGAAUUGAUCGUCGAUUUUGACACAAACACUGAAGAGGAGGGCCCCUAUGAGGCGCUGUACAAUGCCGCCUCCUGCCAGUCCUUGGACAGCAUGGCCAGCGGGCGAUCCUCAGACCGGGACUCCGUCAGCAGGGAGGCCGAGGCCACAGUGGUGAAAGCUGCUGGAGUGAGGCCUAGGGAGCGUCCACCGCCUCCAGCAAAACCCCCACCGGAUGAUGAAGAGGAAGACCACAUAGAUAAAAAGCAUUUUCCACUGACAGCUUCUGAGGCCUUGGCCAUGAGAGCCCAGAUUCAGGGGAGUGCAGCCAGAGAAGAGGAUGAGCAUCCUUAUGAGCUGUUGCUAACAGCAGAAACAAAGAAACUGGCAGCAGUGGAUGGAAAACCAAAAGACCACAGGCAGAGCAACAACAGCCGGAGCCAGGACUCUGCAGAGGGACAGGACGGGCAGGUCCCAGAGCAGUUCUCAGGUCUCCUCCACGGCUCCUCCCCGGUGUGUGAGGUGGGGCAGGACCCUUUCCAGCUGCUCCCUGCCACUGGCCAGAGCCAUCCAGAAGGGUCCCCCGCGCAGGGCACCUGCCGCGAGACCAGCAUGCAGCUGGAGGAGCCGGGUGUGCACGCUCCUGGAGGCUCCCCGCCCAGUGUCCGGGACCAGAGUAAGAGAGUGGGCUACCCAGCAGGCCUGCCCACCACCAACAGCCAAUCGCACCCCGAAACUUUGACUCACACAGCAUCUCCACACCCUGGCGGUGCCGAGGAAGGAGACCGGAGUGGGGCCAGAAGCCGAGUCCCUCCCACCAGCAAACCCAAAGCUGAACUCAAACUCAGCCGCAGCUUGUCCAAGUCUGACUCUGAUCUCCUGACCUGCUCACCCACGGAGGACACUGCGAUGGGAAGCCGGAGCGAGUCCUUGUCCAACUGCAGCAUCGGGAAGAAGAGGCUGGAGAAGUCGCCCUCUUUCGCCUCAGAGUGGGAUGAGAUUGAGAAAAUCAUGAGCUCUAUUGGAGAAGGGAUUGACUUUUCUCAGGAACAGCAGAAGAUCUCAGGUUCGCGGACGCUGGAACAGAGCGUCGGGGAGUGGCUGGAGGCGGUGGGGCUGCAGCAAUAUGAGAGCAAGUUGCUUCUGAAUGGCUUUGACGAUGUCCGCUUCCUGGGGUCUAAUGUGAUGGAGGAGCAGGACCUGCGGGAGAUUGGCAUCAAUGACCCGCAGCACCGCCGGAAGCUGCUCCAGGCCGCACGGUCUCUGCCCAAGGUGAAGGCCCUGGGCUACGACGGGAAUAGCCCCCCAACAGUGCCGUCCUGGCUGGACUCCCUGGGGCUGCAGGACUACGUCCAUUCCUUCCUGUCCAGCGGCUACAGCUCCAUUGACACUGUGAAGAACCUCUGGGAGCUGGAGCUCGUCAACGUCCUAAAGGUUCACCCACUUGGCCAUCGCAAGCGCAUCAUCGCCUCCCUUGCAGAAAGGCCCUACGAGGAGCCACCCCAGAAGCCCCCAAGGUUUUCCCAGCUUAGAUGCCAAGACUUGCUCUCCCAGACAUCGUCCCCCCUGAGCCAGAAUGACUCGUGCACUGCACGGUCUGCAGACCUGCUGCUGCCUCCUGGGGACACAGGCCGAAGGCGGCAUGACAGUCUUCCUGACCCUGCGGCACCCUCUCGAGCAGAGCGCUUCCGAAUCCAGGAGGAGCACCGCGAAGCCAGGCUGACCCUUCGGCCCCCCAGCCUUGCUGCCCCCUAUGCCCCUGUGCAGAGUUGGCAACAUCGGCCAGAAAAACUCAUCUUUGAAUCCUGCGGUUAUGAAGCCAAUUAUCUGGGCUCCAUGUUGAUCAAAGAUCUUCGAGGGACAGAAUCCACACAAGACGCCUGUGCCAAGAUGCGGAAAUCCACGGAGCACAUGAAGAAGAUCCCUACCAUCGUCCUGUCCAUCACGUACAGAGGUGUCAAGUUCAUUGAUGCCUCCAACAAGAACAUCAUUGCUGAGCAUGAGAUCCGGAACAUUUCCUGUGCGGCCCAGGACCCGGAGGACCUCUGCACUUUCGCCUACAUCACCAAGGACCUGCAGACCAGCCACCACUAUUGCCAUGUUUUCAGCACCGUGGAUGUGAACCUGACCUACGAGAUCAUCCUGACACUGGGGCAGGCGUUCGAGGUGGCCUACCAGCUGGCUCUGCAGGCCCAGAGGUCGAGACCGCUGGGGGCCUCUGCAGCUGAGAUGAUUGAGACGAAAUCUUCCAAACCGGUGCCUAAGCCUCGUGUCGGCAUGAGGAAGUCAGCACUGGAGCCGCCUGACGUGGACCCAGAUGCCCAGUCCCAUGCCAGUGUCUCCUGGGUGGUGGACCCCAAACCAGACUCUAAGCGGAGCCUCAGCACCAAGUAUGAGACCACUAUCUUCUAACCACCCGCUCCCUGUCUCCACUAGUCUCACUGUGCCUUGCCACCCGAUCUUUCUGCUCUUCUCAACUCUCCUUCCAGCUGCUGACACCAGGCCCCGCUCCGGGACCUGCUCUGCUCCUGGGCAGCAGCUGCAGACACUGCACACUCACAGCUUGUACCUACCACCGGACACUGUGAAUCCCCCUGGGCAAGGACAGCUUGGGGGGUGAGUUGCCUUUGAGGUGGGCACCAAGAGGGCUGCGGGGCCCGCAGCGCCCCCGAAGCCUCAGCGGGCAGGCACUGUGAAUCCUGAGGGUGGGACGGUCUUCGAGCAGAGCCCAAGCAGCCCAGUGACAGCUCGCUGUGAUCGGGCUGGGCCCCAGCUCUCCUCUGCUGUCAUCCGUGCUGCGCCUCAGCUGGUGCCGCUGCUAACAGCUCUCUCUUUGCACCUUUCUUGACACAACCAACCACUGUGACCACCUGGUGCCAGAAUUCCCUUGCACUCUUCUCACAGUUUGCCUGCAGCCUUGUGUCUCUCUCUCUCCCACGUGCGAGGUGCUGGCCUCCCCACUGUGAGACCAAGCUCAGCGAUGUAGCUGGACCAGGGUCAGGCUGCUUUCUCUGAGGACCACGGUCCAUGCCAGGCCCUGGGGCGCAUGCUCGACUCCAGAGCAUGGGGCACUGAGCGUCUGAACACCGCAGGCUGGCUUCUCUCAGCAGGUCUCUCGGUCCUGAUGGGUUUUCCACUUCGAGGAAGGGAACGGCAUAUGGGGUUGGCCCCUCGCGUCUUCGCCAGUGGGUCACAGGCUGGCUCUGGAGUCCCGCUCACAGAGGAGGAAGGCCUUCCUGUGUCGCCCCACAGGAGGGAGGCCUGUGCCCCGCACACACAGUGCACCAUCUGCCCUCCCACAGCGGAGCCCCUCAAGGGCCAGGACCUGGACUGAGCAACUGCCAUUGUCCUCCAGGGGCUUCCUGACACAUCCAACACGUGUCCACAGUAUGGGGAUCAAAGAUAGUCGGCUGUCACCCAGUCCCUUCCCCGCAUGCGGGCUGUGCAGUCUGUCACCACGGACUGGGCCACCAGCUGCAAUCGCGGGGGCCAGGCUCUGGAGAAGCCGUACGUUGUGCCGGGCAGGCCAGUCAGCUUAGGUGGCAAGAGGCAGGGGGAAGAGGUUCCAACAGGGAGCAGUGCAGACACAGCGCAGCCCAGUAGAAAAGCCAGCACGUCGCAGCAGCUAUGUUAGAAUCGAAACCCAAGCUGGUAAACCAGGGUGGUCCUCCUGCCCGCCUGCCUGCCUGUCCUGUGCCUUCCCAGGCAGAUGCACUGAGCCAGAGGUGACCGGGGACAGUGGGCCAUGGGCGCCCAGGGGAGGCUGUGAGGGACCUCCUGUUCCGCUUCUUGUUCCCUUUCCGCUUCCUGUUCCCUUUCCGUGUUCUCCACCUGUGCCUGCCCCUUGGUUAAUCCUUUCCUCCCCCCAUUGUUUGCUUCUGCCAAGCUGAGCCACUGAGGAACCGUCUGCUGCGGAAACACAGGUGCAGGGAGCACAGGCUUCCGCCGCCGCCACCUCCACCGUCUCGCCUGCAGCUUUGAAGACCCAGGCCCGCCUCUGCCUCGGGGACUCCUCUCAGCUGCCUGGCCUGGGCCUGCCCCUCAGGGUUCUGCAGAGUGAGCCCUGCCCUGGCUGCGGAGCACUGCGGGCGUCUAGCCGAGGAGACUGGAACUCCAGAGGGUCAAGAAGUGACUUGUCCAAAACACAUUUUUUAAUAGAAAAAAAUUUUUUUGAUAAAAUGAACUUUUAACACUUGGCCCUGGCCUCUAGGUUAAACUGCCAACCUUUUGGUAGUGGCCAUAGGAUCAGAGGACAGGGAAACCGAGAUCAGUCAAGGCCAGUCUGUCUAGCUUCUGUCCUCAGGAUGGGGUUUUGGCAAGCUCCGGGAGGUCUGACGAGAAGGCAGCGGCCUGUGGGUAGUGGGAAGGGCUGGGCACAAGGGACAGAAUUGACUACGUGUUUUUAGAGUUUGCUUUUCAAACCCAUCCAAGUUAGAUACUGUUCCCUAUGAACUGCACGCUUCUUGUCCCCAUCUAGACCUGGACACAACCUUAGGGCCCCUGGCAAAAGCAAAGGCUCCCGGUCUGAGUUGGGUUCCAGAAGCGAAGGUCCAGGGGUCAAACGGAGAUGAGUGAGCAGUUCUGGUGCCAUGGAGUCCGAGCCGGCACCUGGAGCGCUGGGCCCUCCGCGGUCUCCCACCUGCCGCUGGUCAGAGCACUGCCCUGGGCGCCCUGGCCCGCCUGGCCCACCGGCUUCCUGGUGACUUCAGACUGGCUGGGUUGAGUGAGAAAGGAGGAAAAGCAGCUUCGUUUCGGGCAUUAAUGAGUAGGUGAGCUAAGACGGCUACCUGCCAGUUUGUGAUUUGUGUCAUCAGGUCUCUGUGAUUAGGACUGUCUGAAUUACUGGUUUGACCAUUGUAUUUUCAGCUGCUGGCUCAUCUCUGGCUCCAAGUGUAGAAACGGCAAAGGUGACAGUUUGAUUCUCCCAUGUGGCCUUCAGGGCAGGCUGGCGUCUUCUGGGUGCCCCGCUGUCCCUUCAGCCCUCCUGGGGCUUGCUUUGCUUUUUACUGCGGUUGUGUUCCUUCACCCGGGGUGUAGCAAAACGAGGGGCUGGUUCCUGUAAGACCAAGAGGCAGCGUCAGGGCAGCUGAUUGUCCAGGAUCUUCCAGAGCAGGGCACAGACCUCACGCUUCAUGGGCAAAGCUCAGUCGGGUCCUGGCAUCGGAAGUCCAGGCUUCGGCAGCCCGCCUCUUUCCCAGGGAAGGUCAGAGUGGAAAUUCACGGCUGGUGUGCGUGCGCAUGGAGGGCUCUGGGGGCACACUCACAACCCCUGCGGCUGAACAGAAACUGGAAGCAGGGCUGUGUCUUCCUGCCGACUUGAGCUGGGCCCUGGCAGUCACGUCCCCUCUGGAGCAGAGGCAGACAGUCCUCUACUUUUUGGUACUAAACGGGAACCUCGCCACCUGGAAGCUUGACUUGACUUCAUGCUUCUUCCAGGGUCUGCGAGGGUCCCCAUCAGCUCGCUUUGGGCAGAGUCCAGCCCCUGCUUUCUUCAGGAGGUGACAAGGACCGGAGAUGGGUGGUAGACGGUGCCACUGCAGGUCCGAGGAGGGCCAGCCCUUCCCAGGACGCCUCUCAGUGUAGGUGGUAGGUCCAAAAAGGAAACUGUGUAGACACUACAAUGAGCUCUCUAGCCUUUUAUUUUUAAGCCGUGUGUAGGUGUUCCUUCCCCUUGAAGCUGCUAUAUCUUCUUUAUUUAUUCAGGGUAUUUUCAUGUUGGAGAGCCUUGGCUAAUCUGCUUUGGCUCUGGAUUUUUUGAGAUUGGUUUACUUCUGAAUAUUCAAGAAAGGAAAGGACUGGUUCUUUUUUUUCUUUUUUACUUUUCUUUGGGGUAGGUACUCUUCCCUUCCCUAGAAAGAAAUAUCAUGAUUUAAGGACAGGCUUCAAGUGGAAAAGCCCAUUUCUGCACGUUUCUGCGUUUCUGAACUGUGGGAGCCUGUUUGGCUGGGACUGUGGGCUUAGUCCCCGUUACCAGCCGUGGGCUCUCCAAUUGCCUCUUCUCUGCUUGCCAGCCACUCUGAGCAGGACUUCCCUCCUGGCGGGUUCUGCAUUGGCCGCGCUCCGCACCCCUCUCCGGCUUCUAGCGUCAGGCUGUAGGGCGAGCUGCUUGAGAAGCCUCAGGCUGAGCAGGCAGCUGAUGGUCGUGGUCGCCUAGACGUUAGAAAGCCAGUCUGACCUCGGUCUGUCCUUGAGAUGCCCUGGCCUGCAGAAUGACUGUCACAAAAGUAUUGUUGCUAAUGGUGUGGCAAUGGGACUGAACUGUAAUAAAAAUGUUAUUUAAUCUUUGUCUCUGUAUUUUGAUACUUGAAUGACUUCCCCUUUUAUUUUACUGUACAUAUAAUUGUUAAUCUGUCCAACUUUGUCCGAAUUACAAACAUCUUGUGGUACCAAACAUAACCACUCUGUGCGAAAACAUAGACUGACCUCACUACAUGAGAGUGUAAAUAUUCUUGGGCUUCCAGCUUUGGUUUUGUUAUUUUCAUAACUGUACAAGUUAGAACAGAUUGAAUUAAUAAAUGAGAAGCGACACA